AUGCCCAGAAUGGCAAGAUCAGAAACAAGUAGAGCAGCUAUGGGUUUGAAGACAUCAGAGAGUGCAGCAUACGAGGUAUACAUGCUAGACUACGAAUCCGAAAUUUUGGAGCACUUACAAAAGAUGGAAUUCAGAAACGGUUCAAAACUCCCGGUUGACCCGGUCAUGAUCGAUAGCCAGCCGGAACUGGAAUGGUACAUGAGACCGUAUCUGAUAGAUUUCCUAUUGGAAAUGCAUGCAUAUUUCAGAUUGAGGCCCGAGACCUUGUUUUUGGCCUGCUCCAUUGUAGACCGUUAUCUUUCCAAGCGAAUGGUCCGCAGAGCUCAUUACCAGUUGACCGUCACCACUGCGAUGUGGAUCGCAGCCAAAUAUGAGGACAAAAAAUCCAGAAAGCCUCUAUUAAAGGAGCUAGUGCAGCUUUGUCGCGACUGCUACGAGGCCAAAAUGUUCGUGCAGAUGGAAAUGCACAUCCUGAGCACGCUCAAUUGGGAAAUCGGGUCUGUCACCUCCAUGUACGACUGCUUGAUGCUGUUCCUCGACAUGGACUGUUUGAAAUACGACCAAGCCGCUUCAUCCAUUACUGGUCUGGCCACCUUUUUGCUGGAGAACUCGAUGUACGAGAGAGACUACAUGUACUAUUCGUCAGCUAUAAGAGCUCUUUCGGCAGCCCUUGUGGCUUCCAAGAUGCUUGAAAAUAGUGCUAUAGCCGAACAGAUCCAGUCUGCAGCACUUGCCAGCAAGAACUCUCUAAAUCAAAAGCCAAAAUCGUUCUACGGUCAUACAAGCAGAGCAAGAAAGCCCAAUGCACUGGAUGCAUUGCAAUUGACUGCUGAAACCCUAGAAGACAUCAGAAAAUGCAGCCUUCAAUUUAUCAAUGAUACAUUCAAAACUAGGACCAUCGGGAAGAAUUUCCCAGCUGCGCUUCUCCAGAAAUACAACAGUUUCUCAUUCGAGCCGAUAUUUGAAAGUUACUGGUUUCAACACAUAAGCGUUUAUGGCACCCUCUGUCAAUUGACUCGAAACUAUAAUGCCACCAGCCAUGGGUUUCUGGAUCACACUCUAGAGGGUCUCAUCGACAGGUUGAUUGGCUUACUGCCCAUAGGUCAAGGCUGGACUAGCCAUCUGGAUACUUAUAACUCAGCUUAUUGGUCUAAUGGUUCAAUGGCUUACAAAACUGAUUGCCGAAACAUGUCAGACCAGGCUGUGUCGCCUUCUAAUUCGCAUAGCUUUAGCGCUUCUUCAAUUGCGCAACCAUCAGAUUCUGACUUAAUGACGCCGCAUACCCCUUUGUCUUCAUCGGGAUCUGUUUUUAGUGGCAAUUUCUCUAGUUUGUCUCAAUCCUCGGCCGAUUCACCCAUGUUCGUUCAAUCCUCGAAACCUCCCAUGGCAAGAUGGAGCACUUGCUCUUCCGGCUACAAUCAAAAUAACUCUCGAAGGGUCUCGACAAGACUUAACAGCGUCGAAAGUAGUAUGAUGGAGUGA